AUGGCUGCUAACGGUGGCUGCAAGGGUGAAUCUAUUUUUCCAAAGCAUGUCAUCGUACUCAUAGCCGUAAUUAUGAGCUUUGGAGUCAUCUCUUGUUGUCUCGGCCAUGUCAGAGACGAUCAUGAUGAUCGUCUCGGGACGGAGAGGAGAAGCUGCAUCGAGAGUGAGAGGAGAGCUCUCCUUGCCAUUAGAGCUGAUAUGUACGACUCCAACGAAAGGUUAUCUUCUUGGAUCGGUGAAGAUUGUUGUCGUUGGAGAGGAGUGGCCUGCGACAACACCACCAACCAUGUCAUCAAGCUCGACCUCCGCUAUCCUCUCACAGACGAUUGGGAUGACGAGGAUGACAUUUGCUUCAUGCUGGAAGGGAUGGGUGCGAGCAAGGUAAAUCCUGCUUUGCAUGAUCUGAAGUAUCUGAAACAUCUGGAUUUGAGCAUGAAUAACUUUUUCGGCGCAAACGUGCCCCACAUGAUUGCUUCAUUUAUGCACUUGGAAUAUCUUAACCUAUCCAAUGCUAUGUUUGAUGGACUAAUACCUCCUCAACUGGGGAACCUCUCCAACCUACACUACCUCGAUAUCAAAGGAUGUAGACUUAGUGAUCUACGAGCUGAUGACCUUGAUUGGCUUUCCCGAAUUUCUUCUCUAAUAUAUGUUGAUAUGAGUUUUGUCAACCUCUCUAAAGCAACUAAUUGGCUUCAUCAAGUUAAUUCAAUCCGUAGUCUUAAAGUAUUGCACUUGAAGUGGGCAAACCUCCCAUUUGUUCCAUCUCCUUCGUUCCCUUUUAAUCUGACUUCAAUUGUCAAGUUGGAUAUCUCUGGAUAUUUGAACUUGAAUACAACAAUUCUAAGAUGGCUCUCUCAUGCUAGCAGCCUUGUAUAUCUCGAUCUUGCUAGCUGCAAAGGUGUCGAUAUUGAGUCUCUACAAAUCACUCUGGGAAAUCUGAGUAAUUUGAAAGAAUUUAAUUUGCAAUACAAUGGUAUCAAAGGAGAAAUUCUUGGAAUAGUAAUGAAUGUGAGCAAGAGCUUAAAGCAUUUGGAUUUGAGUGGAAAUUCAUUAAGUGGAGAUAUUACACAAAUCUUAUGGAGUCUUGGCCCCGUGGAGUAUCUUGCAUUAGAUGGUAACGAGCUCAAUGGAGAUAUUUCAGAAAUGGUGAAAAAUUUCACAAGCAGCUUGCGAUAUUUAAGUUUGAGAUCCAAUCAUAUUGCUGGAGAAAUUCCACAAAUCAUAGAUAAUCUCACCAAUUUAAAAUACUUGGAUCUCUCUUACAACAGUAUAACUGGAGGUAUACCGAUGACUUUUGGUAAUAUCAUCAACUUAGAGAGUUUGAGAUUGUCGGGAAAUAAAAUUUCAGGACAAAUACCAGAAAGUAUUGGGAAUCUUCAAAAUAUUCUAUCUCUAGAUUUAUCUGAAAAUUUUAUUACUGGGCAGAUGCCGGAGACCUUCGACAGACUCUACAACUUGAAAUAUUUGAAUGUAUCAUAUAACAAUUUGAGUGGAAUUGUCCCUUCAAGUAUGGGUCAAUUAUCUGCAUUAAGUGAAUUGGACCUCUCCUCAAAUUCACUGAAAGGCAACAUCACUGAAGCACACUUUUCCAAACUCACCAAUUUAACCUUAUUGGACAUUUCUUACAACUCCUUGAAUGUGAUCUUACCUGAUGAUUGGCUUCCACCUUUUAAUGCCUACAGUAUUUUCAUGGGCUCAUGUCAUAUGGAAACCAAAUUUCCUGCUUGGAUUCAUACACAAACACGUUUGGAACAACUUUCUUUAUCUGGAGCUGGACUCUCAGGCAACCUUCCGACUUGGUUUUCAGAUUUCUCAAAAGGUUUAUCGAAUCUUAACUUGAGUUCCAAUAACUUAAAUGGCCCACUACCCUCUGCUGCUGCGAAUGAAGUGAUCGAUCUCUCUAAUAACUCAUUUGUCGGACCCAUUCCAUUGAGUUUUGCAAAUACCUCGAAUCUUGCAAUUUUAUCUUUAUCUCAUAAUAAUAUCAACGGCAGUUUUCCUUCCUUUUUCUGUAAUUUUAAUUAUCUCCAAGUCCUCGACCUAUCGAACAAUAAUUUAUCUGGGGAAGUCCCAACUUGCCAUAAAUCCUUUCCAACUUCUCUACAGUCCCUGCAUUUGAACCACAACAACCUAUCUGGAAGAUUUCCUUCGUUCCUGAAACAUUGUGAACAAUUAGUUACUCUUGGUCUCGGUGAAAAUAAUUUGUAUGAUGAAAUACCAACAUGGGUGGGAGAAAACCUUUUAUCCUUGAGAGUUCUUUGUUUGAAGUCAAACCUAUUUUAUGGUCCCAUUCCAGUGCAUAUAGCAAAUCUUACUUCUCUUCAGGUUUUGGAUCUUUCUUCCAACAAUCUUUCUGGUAGCAUACCUUCAUCUCUAGGAAAUUGUAGGGCUAUGGUUGAGAUACAACAUGAUACUACGUCAUUGCUUCAUCUUGACGCUGGUAGUUACUAUGUUGAGAGCAUAGUAAUAACGGUAAAAGGAUUUGACAUCCAAUACACCACGAUUCUCUCACUUGUAACAAGCAUAGACCUAUCAAAUAAUAAUCUUUCCGGAGAGAUCCCAAGAGAGCUAACAAACCUCCAUGGAUUGCUUUUCUUGAACUUAUCUAAGAAUCAUUUGAGAGGAACCAUUCCAGAAAAGAUUGGUUCCAUGGAACAACUGGAAUCACUGGAUUUGUCAAUGAACAAUCUCACCGGAGAUAUUCCUUCCAGCUUAUCAUCUCUCACCUUCCUAAGCCACUUGAAUCUCUCUCACAAUAACUUGUCAGGAAGAAUCCCAACAGCCGGUGGUCAAAUGUCGACCUUUCUUGGCGACCUGUCGAUCUAUGAUGGUAAUGAAUACCUUUGUGGUACGCCGCUGCCAGAGUGCCCCGGUGAUGAAGCUUAUCAAAGUCCACCUCAUGAACAGGAAGAGAAAAACGGUGACAGGCUUGAAACAGUGUGGGAAAUUAUCGGCAUCGUCAUGGGUUUUGUGGUUGGUUUUUGGAGUUUUAUAGGCACAAUGACCAUGAAACAGCGCAUAAGGACUGCUUUCUUCCGAUUAAUCGACGAGGCUUGCAAUUGGUGCUACGUGCAGUUGGCUGUCGGAUGUGCAACGUUAAAGUCCAAACAGCAAAGAGUGACUUGA